UAACGGCCUUGAACACACUAGCAACUCCAUUGUUGCGAGUUGCGAAGAUUUGUCAAAUUUUAAAAACCAAACGUAUUUAUUUCAUUUAUUUGUUUGUUGUGUGAAAGAAAAGAGAAUGAGUCAAAUCAUGGAAAAUACGUGUGUUAGUGGCGAAGAACUCAUGAAACUACAUUUACAAAUAGCUGAUAAGGAUAAACAAGAACAUUUAGCUACAGCCGCAGUAACGACGGAGACGCUCACAAAACUCAACAUAUCCAUCGACGCCCUCCCUCAAAAAACGCAACAGCUCCUCCUAAAAGCUGCUCAACAACAAGCAUUGGACAUCGUCCAACUCGACCCAAUCGCCAUCUCCCUACGUCAUUCUCGAGAACUCGCAGAUGAACUAGACGACGAAUACGAGCUCCUCAAACUUACACAAAAGAAUGAUGUGUUGCAAGCCAAAAUAGACCGUAAUAACAAGUUUAUGGAGGAGUUGAGGAGGGAACUGGCAGGCUCGAGGGAGAGUUUGAGGAAGCAGAACCCUAAUCCGGAGAAUAUUCAGGACUUGGUACGGCAGAUGAGGCAGAAGGUGUUUGCUUAUGAGGAGAGCUGUGAGUUGGCUAAGGCAAAAUUCAACAAACUCUCCAUACCCGAAGCAUGCUAUCCCAAGUCCUUAGCGCUGCUGGCCUCGACCCUGGAGACCCUCAGAGCUGAAGCCCUGUCGCUGCAGCAGCGGGCUGAAGACAUCACUCUCGCGAGAGAAGCGAGGGAACUCCUGAGUGCUACCAGGAGAUAAAACACCUUCAACCUUAUGUGACGGUAGAAGUUAAUAGUAAACCUAAUUGGAAUAUCAGUAGGUACGGUAGGUACCCCUUGUCAAGUAUAGCCGACGGUGGCGUUCAAAAGCUCAAGAGUCCGUCAUAUUUUUAUAAGAAUUUGAAAUCAAUAAUUGUCCCAUAAAAAUUUGUAAUGAAUAAGUAAAUAGUAAAGUAGGUGAUCACCUAUCACUACCUACUUAUAUAACAAUAACAAUGUCCCCUGCCGCGUCUGUCUGUAUGUUCGCGAUAAACUCUGAAACUACUGAAUGGAUUUUCAUAUGCGGUUUUCAUCUAUUAAUAGAGUGAUCCUGGAUUGGUUUUGGUGUAUAAUUUGUUAACGCGUGCGAAGCCGGGGCUAGUCGCUAUUCCCAAAAAAGAAUUUGAAAUAGAGGUGUAUUGUCAAAGAAAGCUUUCAAGCCACGUAAAUUUACUGCCAUCUUUCGACACAUGAUUAAGAACGCCGUUUGACUUUGAUCCUUAUUGUUUCACUGAUAUGUGUUCAAUUUAUUAAAUAUCAAAAAGUGGCGCCAUUUUACCGGGCACAACUUAAAGAUUAUGGCGCCAUCGCUCGAAACGAUGCGCCGCCGCUUUGAUAUUUAACACGUUCACUGUCCCAAUCUGAAUAGGGUUUGUUUCCAUCUACAAAUCUUAGGACAGAAUUGUAUCCCAAUAAAUUCUUUUGGAUUAUAAGAACAUGUUAAACUACUUUUAGGGGACCUGUAAUGACCAUAUUUUUGUAAAUAUUGAAUUUAAAAUAUCUUUUGGCACACGUCACGUGACCAAACUCGAAACGUCUUUGAAGAUUCUGAUGACGUCACAACUCUCGGAUUGACACUGUUGACAGUUAGGCGAUAAACAACAAAUGACAAAUGUCAGUUGACAGUUCGUAUCUUCUACGUGUGUAUGUAGUUAUGUGUCAAACCGUAAACUGUGACGUCACACAAUUUUCAAAGAGCGUUUUGGGCGCGAAAGCAUCCGUCGAAAUAUAUUUAGUUAAUUUAACAUAUCCUCUUAAGGCCCAGCCAUAGAAAUGAAAAAUCCAAAAUUUGCCACUGAAAUUUGAACCUAUAGUGCACGGAAUACAGUAGAUUUUGUUUUGUUUGAAAAUUGCACGAAACAAAACAAAUGCAACUCUGUCCUAAUUGAAUAUGAUUUAAAUUUCAUCGAACUGAAUAAGUCCUAUAGGUAGGACCUUGGGCCUUACGAGGCUAUUUAAAGCCGUUUUUAGUAUAAAAGUUGAAUUUUAGGGGCAACUUUUAGUUAAUAUAGAACGUAAUAUAAGCGUUUCAAAAAAUUGGAAACAACCCUAUUGUUAACCUUACGACUUUAUAAAGGCUUGACCCAUAUACGGGGCACGGACAGUAAACGUGUUAUUUAAUCUGACACAUAUUAGUAAAAUUAUAAGGAUCAAAGUCAAAUGGCGUUCUAAAAGUUUUAAUCAUGAAAGAUGGCAGUAAAUUUACUGCGGCUACAAAAUUUAUUUUGACAAUUCACCUCUAUUUCAAAUUCUUUGCUAUUUCUAAUAAGAUCUGUUGUUGGCACCUUAACAACAGUUUUAUGCAAGUGGUCAUUUUCCUACAAAAAUAUGCCAAUGACUUAUUAUACAAAGUUGGUGACAAAGCAACAUGCAGCCUGCCUGAUGGUGAGCAGUCUCCAUAGCCUAUAGUCUCAUGUAACUCCACAAAUGUUACAUACAUAUUGCCAAGUCUGUAGUGUCUGUAUUCAACGUGGUAUUGUUUACUUAUAUUUAUUUAAACUUUAUUGCACAAAAGAAAACUUAUCGCACAAAAGACGGACUUAAUGCCAAAAGGCAUUCUCUACAAGUCAGUCAUAUAAUUUUGAUGUAGUUUAAAUUUUAUACGAAAGCUUUCUAUAGAAAGUUUUCUAGGUUUCCGUGGUACUACAUUUUGAAGGAUAACCGAUGGAUUUAAAAGGAAAUAACACACUACCAGUCAAAAGUUUUAAGUUCAUCCCGUGUUUUUUUGGUACAAAUUAGUAACAAAUUUCAAAACAAUAACGGAUCAAACCAAUUUCGACAUCCGACAUGCAAAAAAAAUCGCACAAAAGUACUCAUUUAGUACCAAAUAAAACUUUUUAACAAAAAAUAAAACCGAUUUCAAAUAUUACCAAAAGCGCCAUAGAUGUACCUAUAACAUUUGAAGAGUUCCCUCGAUUUCUCCAAGAUCUCUUUAUGUAUAGGGACCGUGCGCGUUGGAGGGUCUGCCAUCUUGUGGUCUGAAUCGGAACCAUAAACAGGCACAUGUAAACGUCCAAGUGUUUUCUUGUGCAUAGUAGGUUCUGCCAUCUUGUGGGCUACAUCAGAACAAUAAACAUCACAUUUACGCUUCGCGCCAAAAAUCUGACAGCUCCUGUGCUGCCUCCUACAGUUCAUGCACGCUCCCUAUAAUUAAUAAUUUAGCGUGUAAGUGCUUUGGUGUGAUGGCAUACUGUAAACUUGCAGUGUAUUUAAGUGAAUAAAUGAAUAUAUCAGACCCCGAUUUGGUGCCAACGGGACCAUCUCGGGGUUAUACCCGUUCGAUUAAAAAAAAUAUUUGAAAAUCGGUUCACGAUUCUCGGAGAUAUCGAGUAACAUACAUACAAAAAAACAGUCAAACUGAGAACCUCCUCCUUUUUUGAAGUCGGUUAAAAACAAGAGGUGAACUUAAACUUUUGACCGGUAGUGUAGGUACCUACAUUUUAUGUGAGCAGUUUUUAUGAAAUUCAUUCAUUACUAUAGGUCUUAUUUUAAUAUCAUAAAUAAGUAACACAAUUUAACAAUAACGAUUUAUUAAACAAUGUAUUAAUGAUUAUUAAAUAAGUAUUUUCUAAAAUCAA